UUUGGCCGAUUGGGCAGCAGGGUCGGCGUUUCUUUCUGUUUUGAGAAGAGCUCUACAAGAAGAAAACAACAUAAUUCUGCUGGAUUCGAAGAAAACAAGUGUGUUAAAAUGGAUUUGGACGAGGAUUUCGAUGACAUGCUGACCAGUUUCGAGCAAGAGAUCAUGGAAGAAGACAUCAAGAGUGACCAAAAGGCCUCCUUCUCCUCACCAGUUUUGCCACCGAGUAAAUGCCCUCAGACUCUCAAGACCAAAACUGCUCUAAAAGUGAAACCCAUCAGCGAUUUGAGCCAAUCUUCAGCCGAGCCUCAAGAUCUGGUGAGUCCGAAAAUGGUGCGAAUUUGGAACGAGCUCCCCUCCAAAGAGCCCGCCCACCCAACGCCCCAAUUGAUCUUGUGCUGUUAUGCGUGUAACAUGGAGAUGCCCGAUGAAGAGGCCUUGGCCGACCAUCUGGUGGAUCAUGUCAAGAAGGGCGAGAACUCGGAACCGGUUCACCUCUCCCUCAUGGAGGACACAGAGAUCUGUCAUUUGUGCUGCAUGGUCUUCAACGGCCUCGCCGAGGUCAUCUCGCACUACAGAAGCUACCAUGAGGACAAGCCCAUCGCGUGUGAUGGAUGCGGCUGCUCUUUCCAGGACCAUGCCUUCCUGAUCCGCCAUUUCAAGGCCUGUCCCAAGUUUCACUAUUCACGGCGAUCCCGCCUCACACCCGUGGUGCCUCCGCCCAGCUCUGCGGCACCACCACCACCACCCCCGCCAAAGACGAGCAAAGCCCCGCGUAAUGCGCCAGCCAACAGCCAACGGACGGAGAAAGUGCUCAAGUGCUUUCAGUGCGACUUCUCGUGCAGCGAUCAGAACACGUUGAGCGACCAUUGGUUCUCCCAUGGGAUUGAGAGCACCCAUCGCCCGUGGGUCAACCGUGUCGAGACCGUGGAAGGGAUCGCUUGUGGCCUGUGUCGGCGAAGCUUUUCCACCAAAAAGCGUCGCAAACACCAUUGGAUCAACCACCACCGCACCCAAACCCUCUAUCCGAAACUGAAGCUCUCUCCCGACGGGAUCAACGUCAAUUGCGGCCUUUGCCUGCGGGACUUCGAUUGCUCCGAGGACAAGUACGACCAUUGGGACUCCGAGCACCGGAUCCCCAACAAAACGGGUUGUCUGUUCUUCUGCGGUUUGUGCGACUCACUCUUCAAGACCGAAACAGAGCUGCGGAUCCACAACAUCGAUUUUCACAACGCUGAAGGCGGCCAAUUGCCUUCCAACACUUCCCGUCAACAAGAUCUGGAGGACGAGGUGGACCGGGACACGCCCGCGGUUCGCACUUUCAAUGCUCUGGUGUGUGACUUGUGUGAAGCCGCACUGAGUGACGUGGAACUGGCGCAGAACCACUUCCUGCUCCAACACGGCUUGUCUGUGAAAGACCUCCGGGACAUUCGGACGGGCAAGUGGCACAGCCCCCAGCGGGUCUUUGCAGGGCUGGAGAAGAACCGCAACCACCAGUUGUUCAUGAUGGAGAUGCAGGAGCUCACGCUCAAGAUGUUCUCCAACGAGUGCUACCAGAAGGACCUCCAUUGCUUUCAAUGUCGACAGAGCAUGUCCACCAUCCCGGACUUGAAGGCCCAUUUGUCGCGGGCCCAUCUGAAGACACAGAACGAGAUCUUCACCAUGGAGUUGGAGAACAAGUUCGACGACUUUGUGGUCAAGUUCAAGUGUCCCAUGUGUUCGGUGUCGUUGUUCAACCGCCAUGACCGAUUGCGGCAUCUGAUCAAUUGCCACGGCUUGCCCAUCCUGGACGUGUUGAACUUCAAAAAGACCCGCUUGAGCGUCACGGCUCAAGGUUGUCUGGCCAUGGAUAACGUUCUCCUGAAUCCCAAGAACGGUUGAAUCCCCAACUAAGUACUAAAAGGGGCUCAUCUGUUGUUGAGGAUUGGCGAGAUUCGGUCAUGGCCAGUUAUUGCAUUAUUGUCUUUCCUGAAUAUUACUCGCAUCACUUAAUUCACGUGGCCUGAAAUCGAAUCAUUUGUUGAGGGACCCGAGAUGUGUUGAUCAAGUUGGCGGGUAGUAGAUCAAACAGGUAUUUGAUAUCAGAAAAAUAAAUAAAUAUCGUUGUGUGUCUCUU